GGGACCAGUCCGCCGCGGCCGCGCCUCGCAGCUCUCGCGCGCCAAUCAGGCGCCGGUGGGCCCGACGUGACGUCCUGGCGCCCGCGCGUGCGUGCGUGCGGCGCAGCGUCCCCUGCCCCGAAUGAAAGGGAAGGUCCCAGCGAGCGAGCGGCUGUGAGCGCCCGGCGGCCCCCGAAGUCCGCGUUCCCCGGCGCCCCGCCCCCCGGUAUUUGUGAGGAUUGAAGUCUCAUUCGAAAGCCAUUUUAAAAAUCAUGACAAGCUCAGUUGGACAGAAAAAAGGGUCUUCAAGACAACGGAAGUGUGGUUUUUGUAGAUCUAAUAAAGAUAAUGAAUGUGGACAGUUGUUAAUGUCUGAAAACCAGAAGGUGGCAGCACAUCACAAAUGUAUGCUGUUUUCAUCUGCUUUGGUAUCUUCACACACUGAUAAUGAGAGUCUUGGUGGAUUUUCUAUUGAAGAUGUUCAAAAAGAAAUAAAAAGAGGCACUAAACUGAUGUGUUCUUUAUGCCAUUGUCCAGGAGCAACCAUUGGUUGUGAUGUGAAAACGUGUCACAAGACAUAUCACUACUACUGUGCAUUGCAUGAUAAAGCUCAGAUAAGAGAGAAACCCUCACAAGGCAUUUACAUGAUUUUAUGCCGAAAACACAAGAAAACUACACGUAACUCUGAAGCAGAUUUAGAAGAAGGCGUCAAUGAACAUGAAUUGGAGCCUUCACCUCCCAAAGGAAAAAAGAGGGGUCGUAAGGGAAAGCCAAGAAAAACAAAUCUCAAAGGGCAGUCAGAAGAUACUAGAUCUACAUCCUCACAUGGCACAGAUGAAAUAGAAAGCAGUUCCUAUAGAGACAGGUCUCCCCACAGAAGCAGUCCCAGUGAUACAAAACCUAAAUGUGGAUUCUGUCAUGCAGGUGAAGAAGAAAAUGAAGCUCGAGGAAAGCUUCAUAUAUUUAAUGCCAAAAAGGCAGCAGCACAUUAUAAGUGCAUGCUGUUCUCUUCUGGCACUGUCCAGCUAACAACAACAUCCAGGGCAGAGUUUGGUGAUUUUGAUAUUAAAACUGUACUUCAGGAGAUCAAGAGAGGGAAAAGAAUGAAAUGCACUCUUUGCAGUCAGCCUGGGGCUACUAUUGGAUGUGAAAUUAAAGCCUGUAUCAAAACUUACCAUUACCACUGUGGAGUACAAGAUAAAGCUAAAUACAUUGAGAAUAUGUCACGAGGAAUUUACAAACUCUAUUGUAAAAACCAUAGUGGAAAUGAUGAAAGGGAUGAAGAGGAUGAAGAAAGAGAAAGCAAAAGCCGUGGGAAAUCAGUCUCUGACCAUAGUAGCAUUCCUCAGCAGCAACUCAAUGGAAACUAGGUUCAAGGGACAAAGUUAGAGAACUGGGAAUGAAUAAGACAUCCAUAACUACUAAUUCUUUUUAAUUGUUUUCUAAGAUCAGGAAAGGGUUAGUAACUUUUUACAGCCCGAUUCUGUUAGAAAUUUCAUUGAACUGCCUGAAACGUUCAUGUGUGUGAGCCUUCAAUAAGUGGCAGAGUUUUACAUGUCAAUAUUAUGUAGUUUGUAGUCUGCAGCGUCUGGAAAAAAAUUGAAACACUAUAUAAAUGAUGUAAUAUGUACAAUGUCAAAAGAUAAGGCAGACAUUAAAAUGAAGUAAGCUUUAUAUUUCUGGACUGAAUAAAAAUCUAAGUUUGGAAUGU